AAUGUCAAUCGUAUGAAACUAAUGUCAGGAUUAUUUCGUUCAAGAGGUCCCGCGGCAUGCAUUCGGAACAGUGAGACCGUCUUAUCGAAAAUUAUCAUUAUUUCUGUCGAACUUGAGAUUAUUGUGGUGUGAAUAGGAAGCUAUUGAAGCAUUUAGUCCAAACGAGUCUACUCCGCACAUUUCGUAUUGGGCGAUAUUUGCGUGGGAUCCCGGCAAGCGUCGUGGGUUAUUCAUGGUAUUCACAGUGGAACAGAGGAAAUGGCGCAAUUUGGAUGGCUUUUGGUGUUGCCACUCUGUGUUUCCCGAAUAGACAGUCCGUCGGAAGCAGAAUUAACUUUUUCAUCUGAGUUUCGCCCAUUUUAGCCAUGUAGGAGAACCUAAAAUAUGAAUUUAAGAGUUUUCCGCGGUUGCCGCAAGCACUUUUCCUAAAAGUUUCCAUUUUACGACUCAUUUCCAACGAGCCGCUGUGACGUAUGGCAGUACUUUGAAGUGGAACCGCUGUAACUAAUUGGUAGGGGUAUUUAGGGAGCCAUAUCCGUUUUCGUAUUCAGUCUUGGAAUUUUCGUCGAGGGAGUAGGACGCUUGAUUUUGAUAGGGAGUUCGAAGAGAAAAAGAUACUUUUUCUAAAAUCAAAGGAUUUUGUGAAAUUAUUCAUUGCGAGGCAUAAAAUAGAUUCAAGACUCGCAUAUUAGUCUAGGGGAUAUGAUAACCUCUAUAGGAACCUAAAAAUUAGGAUUUUGCGUCUCAGAGAAAGACCCCGAGAACAAAGAAGUGCAAAAAUUGCCUGACUCCGGUGCAGCAGACAUUUUUAUAGAAAAUUAGUAGAAGAGGAUUUGGCUGCAAAGUCAGGAAUCUUAUAAAAGACGCUUGAAAGAAUUUUACGCAACUAUUUGUGUGACUUAAAUGUUCCGCUUGACCCCAGGGAAUCGUGCCUGGAAGAUCGCCCUAAAAUAGAAGUGAGAAUUGAAUAGCUUUAACGUAGUUGGAAUUUGUUUUUGAAGUGAAUAAUUUGCGUAUCAGUGCAUAAGAUAAGGCGAUUCGAAAGUUAUUUUUAAACAAAAGUCGAGAAAAAUGUGCUCGCCGCCAUUUUGUCCUUGUUGAUGACUUUCACCAAGUCGUGAAAUCAGGUCGCCCAGGCGGUGACGUCAUUCUGUUCGGUCGGCAAAGCCACGCGUAACAUUCUUGAGUCGGUAAUGCAGUCAGGGGUUUUCUAUGUUUAAUGAAAUAUCUUAAAAAAUCUGAUUAGGGAAAUUUUGGAUUGCGAGAAUGCCGAGAAUUGAUCCAUUGAAAUUACUAACCUGCCUGAAGGUGUUGCUUGCACCUAACGGAGGAAUUCGCAGUGCGAAUGAAGUAAAGCGUUUAGCCGAGUUAAUGGCGAAAUAUUCAAAAAAGCUGGUCUCGAAAUGUAUCUAUAUACAAAUUUUAAAAAGUACAGACACUGAAUUAUUGGGAAAGUUUAUGGGCGUGGGAGGCUGGUUACUCACCCAUAUGUGGUUAAAUGACGCGAUAAAGGCCGCCAAUUGGCCAUUAGUGCAAGAAAUAUUGGAACUGUUGCUAUUGUGUCCCGUGGAUGUGCAAAGAUUACGAAGUAAUACGGCACCGAAGUUAGUGAAAGGAUUGUCAAAGGAUGGAGGAAAUGAAGGUGUCCGAAUUCUAGCAACAAAACUCGUCGAACAGUGGCUUAAAGUAGUGAAAGGAGAGACAAUGGCUGCUUCAGAACUUGCAAACAAUGCUCAAAUUGCGAGCACGCCAAAGGAAGCUGGCGGUAAUGGUCUGGUACCAAGUGCAAUUAUCAUCCAAUCCGACAAAAAAGUUGCGGAUGGUUCCUCUGAACAGGUAGUAGCUCCGUCGGCGGAAACAGUGUCUGCAACUCUCACUUCACCAACAAAACUUAAAUCGGAUGAUCCGUUGGUUUAUAAAAUUGUCGUGAAAGAUGGAAAACAAAUCCUGGCUAAAAUCGUAAAUAGUGGUACCCCAAAUGAUCCAUUGGAUACAUCAAGUGUUGAGAAUAAAACAGAAAAAGGGGAGAAUAGUGUAGAUGGUGUUUCGAAUGAAGAGAAAUCAAGUGAAAGUUUAGAAGAUAAACAAUCGAAUAAAGAGAAUGAAGGAAAAAGUAGUGAAUCACAAGAUAAAUUAACAGAGAAGGAUUCUGAUAAGGAGAAAUCACGUAGUAAAGAUAAAGAUCGUCAUCGGGAUCAUAAAUCAUCGAGUUCAAGUCGUCAUAAAUCAUCUCCGUCUUCAUCGAGCAAAUCGUCCUCUAAGAGUAGUUCCAGCAGUAGUAGUAGAUCAAAAUCAUCUCAUAAUAGUAGCAGUAGCAGCAGCAGCAGUAAGCACAAGGAUAAAGAAAGUUCGGACAAAGAUAGGCACAAAUCGUCCUCAAGUAAAUCAUCGUCUAGCAGUCGGGAUAAGGACAAGAGUCGAAGCAGAGAUAAAGAUAGUGAUAGAAGUCACAGUAGUAGUGAUAAAGAUAGGUCCAGAUCCGAUAGGGAUAAAGAUAAGGACAAGGAAAAGUCUUCUGAUAAAGACAAGGACAAGUCCUCUGAUAAGGACAAGGACAAGUCCCAAUCAUCGGACAAAGAUAAUGGAAGCCCAAUGUUAAUUGAUAAACUUGGAAAAAUACCGAAAAAGCCAAAAGAAGACGAACCUGUCGUUACAUCAAUUACAAUACCCUCGAAAAAAGCCUCAAUGUCAAUAGAAAUCAGGCGAGGAGAUCCAAACCGACCGAAAACAGUGAAAACCUACAACUCUCAAUUCCGAAGUCAUGGCUUAUCCGAGGAAGCACCUCCUCCACCUUCCAGAAAAGGUUUGAAAAAACCUCCAACCCAAUCCAUUCCAGGCACAUCGAUACCCUCGACUUUGCUUGUGAAACGUUCAUCUCCACCACCGAUGCCAGCAACCAUAUCAUCACCGACCAGUGUCAAGGAACUUCUACCACCUGCCGAGAAAAAACUGAAAAUCGACUUAACCACCGCUCCAGCAACUGAAAAACCUGGUGCUGUUAAAUUUAUCGCACCAAAACCAAAACCAUCAACUCUAGUUGAAAGUGAUAUGUUCAUGGACGCUCUCUCAGCAGCUGCACCCAAGAAAGAUGUUCGAAAACGCAAACGGCGGCCAAGUGCAUCAAAGGAACCUGGCAAAGAGCCAACAACACCAGAAGAACCUGAAAGUCCUGUUGCCAACAAAGUUACCCCCUUGAAAUUCUACCAGGACACUCUCGAAGACAACGAUAAGACUGAAAACUCAGAUGACAUCAAAGAUGAUGUCUUCGAUGAUAAGAAAAACGACGAUGAAGAUGACAUACCACUGAAGAAAGUCAAAGAACAAAUCGAGGAGAAGGUUCGUGAAGAGAAGGAAUUGGAAGAGCGAAAAGCACGAGAGAACGAAGAACCCGAGGAAAAUCCAGUGAAAAAACCACCAGGUCCUGGUUGUGGCCCAGAUGGUCCACCGGGAGUUUUGAUGCUUCAUCGUCGCAAGGGUCCAAAGAAGAAGUUGACAUGGCGAGCACAGGAACAGUUGGAAGAAGUUCGAUACUUCGAGCUCGAUGAAAAUGAGCGAGUUAACGUUACUAAGACAUUCACUGAUAUGAAACAAAUGGAACGAUUCAAUGAGCGGGAAGCCUUUAUGCUAGCCCGGAAAUUAAAUGUCGAUGAUGUCAUGGUUGAACAAACACCUUGGGUACCGUUAAUUGAAAUAGAUGAUGUCCCGCCACAUCCCGAAGGCAACCAAAGUAAGGAGAAGAAGAUUCAAAUGGAGCGUGAGCAGACUACGCUAAAAGCAUUAUACUUCAACCGCCACAUGAUUCCGGAAUCACCGUCUGAACCGGAUAUGGAACAAUAUCAAAUGACUGAACCAGCUGUGAUACCUCUCGACGAUAUUACAGGGAAUCCAGAUGCAGUGAAUGAUUUCACCAGCAUGCCUUGGCCUGAUCCGAAAGGCUCACCACCACAAGAUGAUUUCAUGGGCGGAGCAGACAUGGGAUUCCCAGGCGGUCAAUUCAAUCCAUUCAUGCCUUUUGGCGGAAACGGUGGAUGGAUGGGACCAGGAAUGAACAACGGUCCACCGAAUGGAAUGAUGCCACCGAUGGGAGGUCCAAUGGGUAAUUUCAAUCCUAUGAUGGGCGGACCUCCAUCGAAUAUGAUGAUGAACGGUGGCCCACCCCCAAAUAUGAUGAUGGGCGGACCGCCAGACGAUAUGGGUAUGAAUUGCAACAUGAAUAUGAUGCAGUCAGGAUUUGGUCCUGGGGUUCCAGGUGGUCCAAACUUUGGUGGACCGCCAAACGGUGGAAUGGGAGGCGGCUUCAAUAACUUCGGGCCACCAAUGGGCAUGAAUCCCAAUAUGAAUAUGAACAUGAACAACGGACCACCAAGAGGUGGAGGUCCACGAGGUGGCAACUGGAGAUCUGGUUCGGCUGGACCACCAGGAGGUAACGACGGUCCAGGCGGCGGGGGCAACUGGCGUGGAGGUGGACGUGGCGGAGGAGGCGGUAACAUGCAAAGACGUGGAGGUGGUGGUGGUGGCGGUGGAAAUCGCGGUGAUAAUGGUCGUGGUGUUUGUAAACAAUUCCAGCGCGGCUUUUGUAGGAAUGGAAACAAGUGUAAUUUCUAUCACCCACCUGGAAACUCAAGGUUUUAAGGAACUCUGAUUCCGCACCUAAUUAUCGACUGUGAUAUCGACUGACACUGAAACAUAACUAAUCAAAGUGGAAAAUAUGUUGGUGCUGACUGAAUACAUUUAAGUGAUUGAAUAUAAACAUUUCGUCAUUCAUCCACUUCGGUCACCGAGCGUUCUAUACGCGACCCGGAUUCGCAGAAAUCCACUUACAGCUAAGGCACUUCGGUCAUAGAAUGACCAGAAAACCACGUUGAAGAGAAAGUUUUCGAAGUCGAAAACUGCUUCAGCAUCUUUUUAAAGAAAAAUCAAAUCAAGCAUUGCUCGCCAAGGAGCAAUGCAAAGUUCUUGCAAGAACUCAAAAAUCAUGUCCAAAUGAAUGAUAUAAGGAUAAUAUCACCAGCUAGAUUAUAUGUUAAAAAGUACAAACUAAAACGGUUUUUUUGUAACCAAUAUUCAUAGAAUUAACAAUGCUCCGAAUCUGUCUGAGCACAAUUUCAUUAUUAUAAAUUAAUUCACGCAUUUAAUCUCGAUUAUGAUUGAAAUAUGAAUUUUAAAAAUCAGAUAAAAUUACUAUAAAGACUUUUGGAACGAAAGUGAGUUCCAACUUGAAAAGCAUAUUUGAAUUCAGUUUAAUAUGCUCAACUGCUCGAUCUAAUUCAUGUAAUAUAUUGUAAAUACGACUCUUAUCUCUCCACCUAGUUUAAAUUAAUUUUAUUUAAACAAUAUGAAAUAAGAUUUUUAUAAUUAUUGUAAUGAAUUCUUAGUUUUAAAGGUCUUGUUAUAAUUUACGAUGUAAGAAAAGAACCUAAUGUUAAAUCAUGAGUUUUUACUUAAAUAAAAUCGUAUUGAAAAUAAUA